AUGUUUCGUCUUGCUCGCACCCCGGCAGCUCUGGCCCCCUGGGCCCGCUCGUUCUCGGUUUCAAGCGCCCGUCUGCAGCAGGCUCCUGCCCUGACACCCUUCCAUCAUGCCUUCCCGGUCGAGGAUCUGGAGCAGGCCCGCACCUUUUACAAGGGUGUGUUGGGUUGUCCCCAGGGUCGAGAGCAACCCGGUGUCUGGAUCGACUUUGAUCUCUUUGGGCACCAAAUCGUCGCCCACCAGAUGCCCUCGAAGAUGAUUGAGCUCAAGCACAGACUGAAGCAGGAAGGAUACUCCAACACCAACCACGUUGAUGGCCAUCAGGUCCCCAUUCCCCAUUUUGGCGUCGUCCUGGAGUGGGAAACUUUCCACAAGUUUGUCCAGAAGAUCCGGGAUGCUGGCAUCAAGUUCGAGCUCGAGCCCUACAUCCGCUUCGAGGGCCUCCCUGGCGAGCAGGCCACCAUGUUCUUCCUGGAUCCGUCUGGCAAUGCUCUCGAGUUCAAGGCAUUCAAGGACCCCAGCAAGCUCUUUGCUCCACAGAAGCCGCAGUAA